AUGAAGAGGAUAAUCUGUUUCAUUGCAUUGAUCUCAAUCAUUGCUGCAAAUACCAUCUCAGUUCCCGAAACUGCUAGCCUGGAGGCUAAGAAAGCUAUAUCGCAGGAUCAAAUAACUGAGGGAAACGAUGAUUUGGAGGGUGCUGAAACACUCGGAUUUGGAUUUAAGAAGAGCAUCCACAAGCACAUCCAUAUUACCCCGCCUUAUGGAGCUUACUAUGGUGGUUUUCCUAGAGGCUACUAUAAUGGAUAUUAUCCCUCUUAUGGAUAUCACUACGGCUAUCCUUAUCGUCAUUAUGGAUAUGGUCAUGGAUAUGGAUAUGACUAUCCUUACUACCGGUAUGGUUAUCCUAAUCAUUAUCCUUAUCACUACUAA